AUGACAGACCUUUCCAUAACUAAUGACAUGAUACCGGAUCUCUCCGGCAAGACCGCAAUAGUGACCGGUGGUUCGAGCGGGAUCGGUCGAGGAGCCGUGGAAAUCCUUCUUGAGCACAAGGCCCAGGUAUUCAUCCUCGACGUCCAACCGCCGCCCCAAGAUCUUGAAUCUACUUCAAACCCAAUUUUUAUAAAAACAGAUAUAUCCUCAUGGCCGAGCCUUGUAGACGCAUUCUCCACCAUCACCUGCGUGCACCGCGCCUCGGUGGACAUCGCGAUAGCUAAUGCGGGGGUUAGUGAGAAUGGAAAUUACCUCCAGCAAUGUUUCAGCCCCGCACCCUUGGAAUCCGCUGGGUGGUUAGCUUUGAAGAAUGAGGGUGGUCCAGAUUACUCGACCAUUGCCGUGAACCUUGAAGGCACGAUGAAUUUCGUCAUGUUGGCGGCGCGCGUCAUGAAGGGGCAGGCUGACGGCGGGAGCAUCGUGAUAACGACCAGCGCGACGGCAUAUGUACCGGAGUAUAGCCUGCCAGUCUAUUGCGCAGCUAAGGCCGCGUUGACGAACCUCAUCCGUACUCUCCGUACUACUCUGCCGCUCCAUAAUAUUGCCAUUUCGGGUGUGGCACCAUCGGCUACGGAAUCAAGCACGAUCCCGCCGAAUCUUGUAGCCCCGAUCUUGGCAUCAGGGCUCCCUGUAUCGACGGCUAGACACGCCGGACUCGCCAUCGUGUAUUCGGCGACAGCAAAGCAAAGCCGGAGAGUGGAGGAUUACGGAAAAGACAGCGAGGAUACGGACUCUGGGGGAAGAUGGAAUGGUCGCGUGAUCCAUACUAUUAGUGACACGUUCACCGAAGUGGAAGAUAUGCUAAUUCAGACGCGACCGCAGUGGUGGGGGAAGAGGAAUGUUGAGUUGGUUAGGAAGCAGCAGACAACAACGGAUACCCGUGAUACUAUGAAGGAUUGA